UUCAUUCCGGCAGUCCCUCUCUUUUCUCUCCCAAUCAAGUGCCCUACCUCGAUUUCACUCAAAUUGAUUCUUCACUAUUCCUUCAAUUUCGAUUCCUCUAGGGCGAGGAUUGGUCUAUGGCGGAGGAGAAGAGUGGUGGUGGUGGUGGCGGCGAAUCGUCGGGGGUGGUUUUGCCGAAGAUGAUAAAGUCGGGCGACCGGCAAGUGGUUAGGGUAGAGCUCCGACCUGGUGAGACCACGUACGUCUCGUGGAGGAAGCUCAUGAAAGAAGCCGAACGGGUAAAUGGAUCUUCUGCCUCAGCUUCUGUGUCCGUGCCUGACCCGCCUCCCAAUGCCCACCCUAAUCUACAGUCUCGCAUCGUACCUGGACAGCCAGCUCAAAAGGAAGCUAAGGAUGAGCCUCAUCCUCAUCGUUUCAGUGCUGUUAUUGAGAAGAUUGAGCGCCUGUACAUGGGUAAAGAUAGCAGUGAGGAGGAAGAGCUAGAUGAUGUUCCUGAUGAUGAUCAGUAUGAUACAGAAGACUCUUUUAUUGAUGAUGCAGAGCUGGAUGAAUAUUUUGAGGUUGAUAAUUCAACAAUCAAACACGAUGGAUUCUUUGUAAACAGGGGAAAGUUGGAAAGAAAUGAACCUGCUGCAGCACCUAAUCAGCAGCCAAAGAAAAGGAGAAGAAAAGAUGUGGCAAAAACUCAUGGUGAGAGUGCUGAGGGUCGUGUGUCAAAUAGGCAUGUAAAAACUUCCAAGAUGCCUGCAGCAAAUGCAGAAACAUCGCUUGGGAAGAACUCUUCCAAUCCUUCCCAGAAUUUGAAUGUGAUAAAUGAACAGUUUAGGGAUGUCAAAGGUCAGAACCAAUUAGGUGUUUCUGGAAUUCCUUCCAGGAAAAAAUUGGCUGACACUGAAAUGAUGUCUGAUCCUUCAUAUUUGAAAGUUUUGAAUGGUGAUGCGUCUGCAUCUAUGGCAGAUGUAAAGGGAAUUGAAAAGCCAAUGACUGGAGUUCUCCAGUCAAAGAAUAUUUCGACUAACAAAUUCAAUGAGACAGGUGGGUCAUCUGAAGCUUUACAUCAGACAUAUAUUCAUAAAAAUGCUUAUGCACAACCAAAAUUCCAACAUGGAAAACCACUUAGCAAUGUAGAGCAGCCUGGACCAUUAGCUGGAAUGAGAGAUAAGAAUGACAUCCGUGAACUGCCUGACCUUAAUGUUUCUGAGGGAAGAUCUGCCAUGCAAACAGCUAAAACUUCACACAUGCACCGAAAGGAUGGUUCUGCCAUUAGGACCAAAGGUUCAAUGCUUGAGAAGGCUAUCAGGGAGCUCGAGAAGAUGGUUGCAGAAUCAAGGCCACCUGCUGCGGAAAAUCAAGAGGCUGAUACUGCAACCCAGGGGACUAAGAGGAGGUUGCCCAGAGAAAUAAAGCAGAAGCUCGAUAAAGUUGCUAAAUUAGCGCUGGCAAGCCAGGGGAAAAUAUCAAAGGAGUUAGUCAAUCGCCUUAUGAGUAUUCUAGGUCACUUAGUACAGCUCAGAACACUAAAGAGGAAUCUGAAGGUUAUAAUUAGUAGGAGUUUAUCAGCAAAGCAGGAGAAAGAUAAUAAGUUUCAACAGAUAAAGAAGGAAGUUGUUGAGAUGAUCAAAACUCAAGUCCCCCAUCUGGAGUCCAAGGCAUUUGAGCUACAAGCUGGAGCUUCAGAUGAUUUUCAAGAAAUUGGUUCUGAAGAAAAGGGAGCUCUUAAAAGGAAAUUUAGCAUGGACACAGCCUUGGAGGACAAGAUUUGUGGUCUCUAUGACCUUUUUGUUGAUGGACUGGAUGAAGUUGCAGAUCGCCAGCUAGUCAGAAAGCUCUAUAUAGAGCUUGCAGAAUUGUGGCCAAAUGGUUUAAUGGACAACCAUGGGAUUAAACGUGCAAUUUGUAGGGCAAAGGAGAGACAGAGAGCACUGUACAGCAGACAUAAGGAUCAGGAGAAAAUCAACAGGAAAAAGAUGUUGACAGGAAGAUUAGAUUUGAAUGUUCGAGCUGAGGCAAGUCCGAGUGCUCAGCCACAGCACCUGAAAGACAGGAUUGCUACUGAAUCUAGUAUUCUUGCUUUAACCUCGAAUAGCAAGCCACUUCCAAACACAGCUGUGGCCACUGUCCGGAUGUCAAGUCCUUCGACCAAUGGCUCUAGCUUGGACAGACUAAAACAAGAGAAGUUAAAGGGGAGUCCAAGCAAUACCACAGAUGAUACGAGGAUGGCGGAUGGUGCCUUAACAAAGAAAAAGGUGAAGAGGAAGCCCGAAGUGGAGUUAGAAGAAACUCACUUCCGUGGAUUACCAGCUCAGCAGGGCGACGAAAGAUUCAAGUCCAUGAAGCCGGCCGCUAGUCUUCCCCAAAAACCAAACUUUCAGCCCAGUGUUCCUCCCAGUUUCGAACAAGGAAACUAAUAUAAUGUCGUUGAUUUGGGAAGUUUUCACACCAUAAAAUUGUGUGACAAGCUUUUCCUUUUCCUUUUCCUUUUUUGAUCUUCAUAGCAAUUUCCAUACUUUCUAACCAACUAAUUGUUACCGUAUCCAUUAGCAUCUUUGUACCUAAGUGUUUCUGCAUAAUUCUUAUCCUACAUAGAUUGACAGAAAGCUGUAACGUUUGUGGAUUCUAUGUACGUGUUUUCCCAUUUGAGGUCAAACAUUGUCCCCCCUCUUCCCCGUUUUGUAUAUUUAU